UUUGAUCACAUACCUCGGUGGCUGAAGAACUACGUAACCAUGCUGACAAGAACAUUGUCAUCAUUCUAAUUGGAAACAAAAGUGAUCUUGAGAACCAACG